UCUUGAUAAAAAAAAGGAUUGUUUGCUGCUGUUUUCCCUGUAUCCUCACUUUUUGUUCGCUUCCCUCUCCACGCUUAAGUAUCACUCGAACCAGGCGCCAUGGCCGACACCACAAGUACAAACAUCCCACCCACUUCUCCUCAGCGAAACAGGGGGUCAAACAGAAAUCAGAGCGGCCGGAGAGGGCGUGGUGGUGGCCAAAGCCCAUUCAUGACUUCGAAUAGCGAGUCGCACCGUGGGAACCGUGGACCUGGUAGGGGACGCGGUGGCGGAAGAGGUGGGCGGGGCGGAAGACAGUCACGGAACCAAGGAGCGCGGCUGUGGGAUAGACGGUCGACUCCAGACGGUGAAGAUGCCAGCGGUGAGCCACCAGACCGUGAUCUUCGAGGGACUGGCACCUCCGGUGAUCGCCUGACCGGAGAUGCCAAGGGUUCUGAGGGCGAGGGCAGCAGGAAGGCUAAGCUUUCCUCGGACGACGAUGCCGCAGGUGACGCCGAUGAUAGUGAGAUCUGCUUCAUCUGCGCAUCCAAGGUAGAACACAUGUCUGUCUCUCCGUGCAAUCAUCGAACUUGCCAUAUCUGUGCGAUCCGCUUGAGAGCGUUGUACAAGACCAAAGGUUGUGCACAUUGCCGUACGGAAUCGAGUUUCGUGAUAUUUACAAACGAGCGUGCGAAGCGAUUCGAAGAGUUUACGGAUAGGGAUUUCAUAAGGACGGAUGAUAAUCUAGGUGUCAAAUACGAGACGCAAGAGAUCUUUGAGGACACGGUUUUGCUCCUACGCUACAAUUGCCCUGAUAAAGAUUGCGCCGUUGCCUGCCUAGGAUGGCCAGAUUUGCACAGGCAUGUAAAGAGCAAGCACGGCAAGGUUAUGUGUGACUUAUGUACAAGAAACAAAAAAGUUUUCACACAUGAACAUGACUUAUUCUCAAUAUCACAGCUCCGAAAGCAUGAGAAAUACGGAGAUGAUAAUCCUGGGGCGCUGGACCAAAGUGGAUUCAAAGGCCACCCAGAAUGCGGCUUUUGUCGUCAGCGAUUCUACGGCGAUGAUGAACUCUAUGCACACUGUAGGGAUAAGCAUGAGCGCUGUCAUAUCUGCGACCGGCGGGCUGGCCGGGGUCAACCAGAGUACUUCAUUGACUACAACGCGCUUGAGGAGCACUUCAAUAGCAAUCAUUUCCUUUGCCUCGACAAAGAAUGCCUCGAAAAGAAGUUUGUGGUUUUUGAAUCACAGAUGGACCUGAAAGCGCAUCAACUUGAGUGUCACCCUGCUGGCCUUUCCAAGGACGCAAGAAGAGACGCCCGGCUUGUGGAUAUGUCAACAUUUGACUUUAGAGAACCGUACCAACCACAGCGCGGACGCCGCGAAGGGAGGAGACCACUGGGACGUGAUCCUAACUCGGAACUUCUUCCUCCAUCCAGUGCUCAGCCGCUAAGAAGAGACGAAAUUGCUUACCAACGACAACUGGCUAUCCAGAGUGCACAGUCGAUCUCCACGAGGUCGUUUGGUGGUCAGCUUACUCAAAGUCAACGGCAACCUGCCCGACCCUCGCCCCCUGCAGCACCAGCUGCGCAACCUCAACUUCCAGCACCAUCCCUUCCACCUAUUGAAAACCUUGAUCUUAACACACCCUCUUCUAGUCCUCAGGAAGAAGCUCGACGUAUUGCGCACACCACUGUCUUGGAUCGAGCAUCCUCGCUCUUAGGCAAUGAUCCUCGGAAAAUCAAUGAAUUCCGAAAUAAAGUCUCAUUAUAUCGGUCUUCCAGUAUUGGGGCAAAUGACUUGAUCGAAUCUUUUUUCUCUCUUUUCGACGCAUCUUCGACUGAAUUAGGAAAACUCGUUAAAGAGUUAGCCCAUUUGUAUGAAGAUGAGUCGAAGCGAACUGGCCUUUUAACAGCUUGGAAUGAUUGGCGAGCUAUCAACGAAGACUACCCUGCCCUUCCUGGUCCAAGCGGUACUCUUCCUUCCACCAGCUUGGCCAACGUCGGAGGCGGCAAACGCGUUCUUCGUCUCAAGUCAUCCACCGCACAAUCAUCUCGGUCCGCAGUUGGGCAGAAUCCCCGUCUGCCAGGUCUUCUCAAUCCCAACAGCACAUCCAACCCGUUCCCAUCCCUUCCCAACCCAUCUACUUCAAAAUCCCAAAAGCUUAAAAGCGCCAGCCGAGUUUGGGGCACAGCACCAACCCCACCAUCUUCUACGCCCAAAAUCUCUCCGACCCCAAGCCGCUCUGCAUCUCGUCCGGCGAUACCAACAGUCGGUAUAGCAACUAAUUCGGACGCUUUCCCGGCUCUCCCUGCGGCUCCGAAGCCCAACGUUUUGAUGGCAGGCCUCACACGCGGUACAGUUAGAUGGGAGGAUCGAAAUGAAAGUCGACCUCAGGUGUGGGGUGCCGCAGCGAGCAAUCCGACUCCCGCGGAAGCGGACAUCAGUGGUGCUAGUGGCACUGACUCAAAGGGUAAAGGGAAGAAAGGAAAGGGGAAGCAGGUGUUGUAUCAUUUCGGAUAGAUGAUUUCUCAGUCCUGCCAUGCUUUUGCACACUAAAAAAGUGCCUUUUUCUUCUUUCCCUUUUGUUUUUUUGUCUUGUUGUUUCUCCAGCUGCAAUUAUCCUCAUGCAUCAUGCUCAAGGGGUAUUGUCAAAUAAUCGAGCUCGAUAUAAAUUCUCUUGAAGAGGCGUUUGAAGAUGUAGAUGGGGUUUAAUUACGCUGCAUUA